GUCAGCCGCUGCCCGUCAUCCUUUCUGUAUGGUGGAUAUUAUCUUCAGCUCUUCUUUCUUGGAUGAUAUGGGGGAUCAUUCCAAAAAGAAGUCAGGUUUCGCGAUGUGCGUUGGAUGUGGAAGUCAGAUCCAUGACCAGUACAUACUGAGAGUGUCCCCGGACCUUGAGUGGCACGCAGCCUGCCUCAAGUGCGCGGAGUGCAGCCAAUACCUGGACGAGACUUGUACGUGUUUCGUACGAGACGGCAAAACCUACUGCAAGAGAGACUAUGUCAGGUUAUUUGGUAUAAAAUGUGCAAAGUGUAACCUGGGCUUCAGUAGCAGUGACCUGGUAAUGCGCGCUCGGGACAACGUGUACCACAUCGAGUGCUUUCGCUGCUCGGUGUGCAGUCGUCAGCUGCUGCCCGGGGACGAGUUCUCUCUGCGGGACGACGAGCUGCUGUGCCGCGCGGACCACAGCCUGCUGCUGGACAGGAGCGCCACGGGGAGCCCGCUGAGCCCUGGACACAUGCACUCCAACAGACCGCUACACCUCGCAGCAGACCCAGUCACGGUGCGGCAGGCUCCGCAUCGGAACCAUGUGCACAAGCAGUCAGAGAAGACGACGCGCGUGCGGACGGUACUGAAUGAGAAGCAGUUGCACACGCUGCGGACUUGCUACAACGCAAACCCGCGGCCAGACGCACUCAUGAAGGAGCAGCUGGUGGAGAUGACCGGCUUGAGCCCCAGGGUGAUACGGGUCUGGUUCCAAAACAAGCGCUGCAAGGACAAGAAGAAGUCCAUCCUAAUGAAGCAACUCCAGCAGCAGCAGCACAGUGAUAAGACUAACCUGCAAGGCCUGACUGGGACCCCUCUGGUAGCGGGGAGUCCUAUUCGACAUGAGAGCACGGUGCAGGGCAAUCCAGUGGAGGUGCAGACCUACCAGCCUCCAUGGAAAGCUCUGAGUGAGUUUGCCCUGCAGAGCGAUCUGGAUCAGCCCGCUUUCCAACAACUGGUGUCGUUCUCUGAGUCGGGCUCUCUGGGGAACUCCUCGGGCAGCGACGUGACUUCUUUGUCCUCCCAGUUACCGGACACCCCCAACAGUAUGGUCCCCAGCCCGGUGGAGACGUGA